AUGUCCGGAGUUCCACGUUGCCUGUGCGGCGAAGCCCUACCAGCUUUCCUCGAGGAGCUCACUAGCCUACGAGUAAGAUGGCCAGACAAGAGAAUCCUCGCAGCCAAGGCUGAUGUCACCUCUGCGUUCAGAAAUGUGAGGAUAUCACCAGAUCAUGCACACAACUUUUGCUACGUGAUAGGAGACGUGCUAGUAGCGGAUCUACGGCUGACCUUUGGCUGGGCAGCGUCACCAGGAUUGUGGGGUGUGUUAGCCUCCGNCUGUUAGCCGCCGCUGCAGAGCACUCGCACCGCAACACGUCCCUCGCGAACGCUCGACUACUACCAGAAAGAAUCGCAAUGACGUCCCACGUGAAAAUAAAACCUCCUGAGAAAAAGGCACCCCAACCCCAAUGAAUAAUUCUAUUUACGUCACCGGUGGCGUUAUUUCUUAUAUACGUCACCGCCCGUAUCUCAGCCCACAGAGCUUCAAUUGCCACAAAAUAAAUUGCGUUGUGUAGCUUGACCCACACCAAUCAUACAAGCCUUUCGACGGUCAAAUCCGAUAAGUGGNAGAAUCGCAAUGACGUCCCACGUGAAAAUAAAACCUCCUGAGAAAAAGGCACCCCAACCCCAAUGAAUAAUUCUAUUUACGUCAACGGUGGCGUUAUUUCUUAUAUACGUCACCGCCCGUAUCUCAGCCCACAGAGCUUCAAUUGCCACAAAAUAAAUUGCGUUGUGUAGCUUGACCCACACCAAUCAUACAAGCCUUUCGACGGUCAAAUCCGAUAAGUGGUUGCGGAGAUAUGCUCAAAAAGGGGCUCAGCGGUAUGAUAUGCUGUAUCUGCCAUAAAUAAAACGACCGUGCCUCCUCGCAGAGAGUUAUCGACACCAACUAUGUAACUCGCGUUGUGUUUCCACGAUUCACAGCCAUCACUUAAGCUAUUGGUGUCGAUUGGAGCUCUCUGCGCGAAGUUACAGUCGGAUUAUUUUGUGGUAGAUGCACUAUCAUACUGCUGAGCCCCCUUUUGAGCAAAUCUCCGCAUCCACUCAUCGGAUUUGACCGUCGAAAGGCUUGUAUGACUGGUGUGGGUCAUAGCUACACAACGCAAUUUAUUUUGUGCCAAUUGAAGCUCUGUGGGCUGAGAUACGGGCGGUGACAUUUGUAAGAAAUAACGCCACCGGUGACCUAAAUAGAAUUCUCCGACAACCAACCCCAAUACCAUCGUCGGCAGGCGUAAGACCGCAUAGAGGCGGGGGACCCGCGGACGAUUUGUUGGCCAGGGUCUACGUUGACGAUUUCUUGCUCACGAAGGUCCAGCAUGACCCCACUGACCAAUCGGCACGCAUCGCGUCCGCCUCACUAGCGUCAGACCAUGUCAGGCUGUUUGGCAAGGGAGAACUCGGAGAAACCCCCAUUCUCGCCCCGACAAAGAGCACUGACUGGGACACGGUCAUAGAGGCCCUGGGGUACAUCAUAGACACGCAUGCUGGCAGAAUUGCAACUACACCGGACAGGGUAAGCGCGAUUCGGAACAUACUAGAGACAGAUUCACCCCACGAUAGGAAGAAGGCCAGUGCCAGUGUUCAAGAAGUCCUCAGCAUUGCAGGAAAACUGUGGAACCUCACUUAUGUUAUCAGGGCCGGUAGGUACUUCGUGUGGCAACUGCUCCGCCUAUCGGGUCUGCAUACGCAGGCCAGUCGACACACACGGUCACGACGACUAGUGGACUUGGGUAGAGAGUUCCACGGCGAUAUCGCCUUCUUUAAGUGGGCCCUCAAUCAGCCACUGGCACUUCGAGGGGAGUCCCUGAGCGCAUCGUUUCUACUACACGUAAAACGAGCACCAUCACGCCUUUACCUCUCAGACG